AUGUAGUCUGGUAAGUUUACCGACGUUUCAGAGGUCCUUGCUGCCUCCAUCAUCAGGGCAACCCAUUCAAUUAGACCACACACACACCCUAUUUUAAAAUGAACCUCUCAUUUACACUAACAUACACCCCUCACGUUUCAUCUCUUCUGUUCAGGUUUUACUACACUUCUCACAUCUUCCAAGUGCGCUACACGCCCCAACCUUCUCAUCAUUCCUCAGCUCGACAGGAUUUCUGACGAGUCAUUGUAUUCAAAUGGAGAAAAUAAUCUCGAAUGCAGGACAUUCUAGGGCGAGAGACUUAACUGCUUCAGAAAGAUAAACUAAUCGAGAUACGCGUCCACUUGCAGCGUGGACAGCACGCUGAAGAGGUCAACGUUUUAUCACUGAGCAUGUGGCUACACCAUUGAUAAGAUGGACUUGGACUGAAAGGAAAGAAUGCAAAUGAUCAAGAGAAUGAUAUUUUCAAAAAUUUCACCUCAAGAGCUGGACAUUUCGAGAUAUCGUAUCACAACACGACAGAUAAGAGUUUCAGAUAAGUUAUUAAAGAUUCCCCCAUUUUAUAAGAGGGAGCUCACACAGACGUGAAUUGAUCUGGCGUCAACAUGUUCUGCUGUGUGACAUUUCUGGUGAUAGCAGCGACCUGCAUCACAGGAAGGGUGAUAGAUGUGCGGUCCAAGCAGAGUGCAUGGGAGCUGAGUGGCAAGUUUGAAGGAGACAUUGUGCUGACUGGCGAUCAGCUAAGAAAUGGCCUCAUUAACCCAGCGUCUCGAUGGCCCAAAAGAACUCUGCCCUUCCUCAUAGACGAGGCUGCAUUCACUGAAGAGCAAAAAGCCCACAUUCUACAUGCAGUAGAUGAAUACCAUAAUAAGACAUCCAUCCGUCUGCGUGAAUACGACCCAGAAGCCGACAACGAUUAUGUCUACAUAACAGGAGAAAAAUCUGGUUGUUGGUCAUAUGUGGGUCGCACAGGAGGGCGCCAGCAACUGAACCUUGAACCAAAUGAACCUGGAGUAGGAUGCUUCCGACUGGGCACAAUCGAACACGAACUGCUUCACACACUGGGGUUCUAUCACCAGCAGAGCGCCACGGAUAGAGACGACUACGUUACGAUCCACUGGGAAAACAUACAACCAGGGACAGAGAACAACUUUAACAAGUACAAUGCGAGCAGCAUCACCAAUUUUGGUGUUGAGUACGACUAUGACAGCGUACUUCAUUACAGUGCCUAUUCAUUCUCAAAGAAUGGAGAGAAAACAAUCGAGCCCAAGGAUGAGAAUGUAGAAAUAGGACAGCGAGCUGGAUUCAGCAAGAAGGACAUUGAGAAGCUUUCAAAGAUGUAUGAAGAUGUCUGACAAAAUUGUGAUAAAACCAUAAUGGAACUUGAAACCAACAGAUAAAAUAUGUAACGUGUAUUGUAUAAACAAUGAAAGUUAAGUUAAAUUAGAAACUGAAAUAAACAUGCUCAACUCACCGACA